AUGGCAUGGAGCACUCGAGGGGAUUACAACGAGCACACUAUUAUACUUGAGGCCGUUGCUUCCCAACAUCUGUGGAUCUGCCAUGCCUUCGGAGUCACAAUCUCGAACAAUGAUAUCAACAUUUCUCAAUCAAUUGACGUCCUUUUGGAGAAUGAAGUAGCGGUGCACUUCGUGACUAACAAUGCCCAUUAUACUAGAGGUUACUACUUAACCGAUGACAUCUACCCAGAUUGGACAGUCUUCGUCAAGAGCUUCCCAUUUUCGAGCAACCAGAAGAAGCGGAGGUUCAAAGUGAUGCAAGAAACUGCAAUAAAGGAUGUAGAACGAGCUUUUGGUGUUCUUCAAGCUCGUUGGGGUAUUGUCAAAGGCUCGGCUCGUUUAUGGAAGAAUGAGCAAAUGAGCAAUAUCAUUUGGCUCUCCCAAUAUGGAGAGUGGGUUCUUAAGAGCACCUCCACUAGAGGUGCGAAGGAGCCAGAUCACCGCAGGUUGGAGGUCGCACCGCGCGCUGGCGACCGCUGCAGUGCGACACCGGGUUGA